GAGCCUUCAAUAUGCAAAAAUCCAGGACCCAACUCAUCGAUAGAUUUGAAAAGGCCUUCAAGCUGAGAUGUAAGGAUGAGAACUUUGGGAAGAAGACUAGCCAAAGAGAGGAUUUGCUGGGGAGAGGUUUGGGGGCAAUUUUUGAAAGAAAAUAAAGCUGGGGUCCUUUUUGAAGAAAAAUAAAAUAUGAGAGUGGAGCGGAGUUGUGCUCAACUCCUCCAUAAACAAAAUGGGUAAUAUGUCCAUCGCGACCAGCUGCUCUGUUCCAACUGCUUUGCUCCAGCCACGACCAGCUGCUGGUGCUCGAGCCACGACCUGCCGCCGCCGCUUGCAAUUUUAGUGUCCUGCUCCACCACGAGCUGCUGCACUGCGAAAUCGUCGAGCCUCUCUGCUCUCGAGCAGGUCAGAGCCUCUCCGCUCUCGAGCAACUCAGAGCCUCUGCUGCCAAUACCUUUUUAGGUAGUCUCUCUCUAUGUCUGCUUCUAAGUGCUAAAAGAACCAUCAAUGGAGGAUGAGAAAAAAAGGGAACUUGGGAAGUUUCUGCAAGUUAUUCCUACUGUAGAGUUUUGCUGUGUCUAUGGGUCUUCUCUCCAUCCGAAAAACCGGGAUAAGGCAUCCUCCAUGGUAGAUUUUAUCUUAGGAGUAUCAGAUCCCUUGCAAUGGCAUUCUCAGAAUCUAAAACUGAACAAAGAUCACUAUGCUUCAUGGGUUGCGCGCAUUGGCGGGGCAAAAUUGAUUACUGAAAUUGCGGAUGGCAUCGGUGUAGGAGUGCACUUUAAUCCCUUUGUUACUUGGAAUGAUAAGAUGCUCAAGUAUGGGGUUGUCCAAAUGCACGACUUGAUUGAAGAUGUGCUUAACUGGGACAGAUUUUACCUGAGCGGUCGAUUGCAAAAACCAGUUCACAUACUGGUUGAUAACUUGGACAUUGGACAUGCUAACUCUGUGAAUUUGAGAGCUGCAGUCUCAGCUGCUCUUCUCUUUUUGCCACCAGAGUUCUCUGAGGAAGACCUGUUUGCCAAAAUAUGUAGCCUCUCAUACAUGGGUGACCUACGGAUGCUGUUUGCAGAGGACAGAAACAAGGUUAGGAAUAUCGUGCAAGGCCAAUUUGAUCUUUUCCAGUCAAUGUACAAGCCGUUUCUGGAAGAAUAUGAAAAUAAAGAUUUAAUCAGAUUUUCAUCAUCCAAUGGCCUUAAAGCAAAUAUAUGUCAGGAUUUUGGUUUACCUGCGACGAAUGCUCUUGUUUCCUCUCUUCCUUCAACAAUCAAGAGUUACAUGGGGAUGAAGCUCGGAGAGAAGAAAAUUCUCGGUGAAUCUGGUCAAGUGGUGCGUGAAAUUACAAUUGGGUCAAGGGAAGAGGCUGCUAGAUGCAUGCAGAAGGUCCUGCGACGAACUGUGAUGAUCUCAAGUGCGAGGCAGGCUGUCUCGGGUUUUCUUGCUUCCGGAGGCGUCACUGCUGCUCGGUAUCUUGCCAAAAAGAUGUCCAAGGCUUGGAAAUCCUGGAGACAAUGAUAUCGUUUCUGCCCCGCUCUAAGCUCUUCCUUGGAGACAAUUUCUCCACUUGAGAUGUAAAAUUCGGAUCGACCAUACACCGCCUGCAUUCAUCAUUUGGCAGUAACAAUUUUGACCUAAAAGGGAAUUUGUUUCUUGUGAACCAUAAAAAUAUGCCAGUCACCCAUCAACUGCA